CAGUACGGAGUAUAAUUUUUUCGUAGUUUUGGUACCACUUUUAUUUUAAAUAAUUUAUUUAAGAAUCGUAUCUUAUCAGUACGAAGUAUAAUUUUUCCUUGUUUUGGUAAUGUAGGGUUGGUAACGCAAAUUAUAUCAUAGAAAAUACUAGGGUUGCUAUCAUGGGUGCACCUAUGCUUCGCACAAACAAACACAGACAAUUAUCGUCUGUAUUUGUCUGUGCGAAGCAUGGGUGCACCGAUGGUAGCACCCAUGUGGUGGUACCCUAGCAUGAUGAAUUAAAAAACUGCGCACGAUUAGAAAUGAGGAGCAUGACAAACCCUAGCUUUGACCUUCGUCGAUGGAGAACAACCGCAAUGCUCAAUCAAGGAGACGAGAUGCCGGUGUUGGGGAAGGGCUUCUCGAAGGCAGAAGACGGCGAUCUCACCCUAGACGACGACGGGAAAUUGGAGAUGAUGGAGAGGGACAGUAAAAGGAGUAUGGAAGGGCCUGUGGAGAAAAUUCCUCUUGAGGUUAUUGGGGAUAUACUGUCUCGUGUGCGAAUUGCACGAGAUGUGAUCAGAGCUUCUCUAACUUGCAAGAAGUGGCGAGAGGCGUAUUGCAAACACCUUCAUGCACUUUCCUUUGGUCUUUCUAGUUUUAAGUUUCCCAAAGGCCAAGAUUCUAUUCCUGACAUAGAAUUGUUGAUCACCAACAUGAUGUACGAGACACCCGGUUUGCAGAAAUUAUCGAUUCUGAUGGACUUCAGGUACAAGUUUUCGGCUGGUUUAGUUGUGGCGUGGUUAAGGCACGUUAGAGAAACCUUGUCGGAGCUGGUUUUCAAUGUUAGAACUUCUACCCCUGUUGAUGUUCUUAAGAUAUUUGAAAGGCGAAAAUUGGAAAGCUUGAGCUUGUGGGACUACAACAUAGGAAGGGUUGAACAGAAUUUCCAAAGAUUUCCAAGUUUGACAUCACUAUCUCUAUCUCGUGUCGGUAUCUCAGCAGAAAAUCUGAAUCAAUUUCUCUAUGCUCUUCCCAAUCUCGAGUCUUUGAAACUUGAUGAUCCCUUCCUAGAAGCUUCAUACAGUGAGGAUUCUUCAGAUAGUGAGGAUUCUUCAGAUAGUGAGGAUUCUUCAGAUAGUGACGAUUCGUCAGAUAUUGACGAUUCCUCACCAAUAAAGGUAGUCAAAUUGAGUUGCCCUACACUGAAAACCUUUUUUCUUGAUGAUAUGAAAGUAUGUCAGUUUACAAUGGAGAGUAGUAGUCUUGAGUAUUUGCAAAUGACAGAUUGCUAUUUCGGUUCGUUUAAAGUGUGUGGCAGUAAAACUUUGAGGGACAUCAAAGUCUCCCGCUCCGAGUCUCGGCUUCUUGAAAUUGAACGGACAGACAAUCUAGAGAGUUUUGAAUUCAUUAGUAGUCGUGUAACCGAGUCAAAUUUGUUGCCAAUGAUGGUACCAUCACCAAAGUUGAACAGGUUUCGGUUUUGGGGUUUUACGAAGAAGUACAAGAGUCGCGCAGUAGGGAAUGAAAUAAUUCUUGACAACGGAUCAGGAAUAGUGUUGGAUUCAGAACGAAUGGCCAUUUGUUCACCACAACUUCGCCAUCUUUCGAUAUUUUGCAACGAAGGACUUGAGGGGCUACUCUACAAAUUCGGGGGUCCGACUCCCUUGGAGAAGGUUGUGGUUUUGGAGAUUGGAUGGGAUGGUUUUAAAGGCUUCGGAAAAUGGGCUGAGGAAUUACUGAAAUGUUGUCCAAAUGUGAAGAAGGUAAUUGUUCAUUGGGUUAUUCCAAAGAAGUGCAAUGCAAUGUUUUUGAAGAAUCUUACUAAGCAGACCUCAUCAAUAAAUGAAAUGGCGCAAAACAGACAAAUGCAAGUGUCCUUCUUAUAUGAUUCUGGUUUUGAUUAAGUAUCAGCACAUAGAAAUGCCUUUAAUCACCAUUCUCUGGCUUCACUUGUUAGGGUUUGUUGGAUUUUAUUGAAUUAGUCUUUGUUCUUGAUACUAUAAUUCUAUAACAUCUUAGUAUAAUGUUUCAUAGAUGUGGUAAUUUGGUUGGUGGUGGUGUGUUCCUAAUAGGCUAAUACUCUACACAUCUCACUCCUCUCUUCCUUUUACUACCAGGAAGAAGAGGCUCCAAGCUUUUUAAAAAAUAAUUGCAAGUGUAAUCU